GGAUUAGGGGCUGCAUCAUUGGGGAAAGUUGGGGCUGGGGGAUGCGGCGGCACCUGAUAGCCAGGAUUAUAAUCAUUUGAGCCGUAGUCUUGCAGCCCAGGGGCAGCGGCGCCCUGGUAACCUUGCUCGAGCCAUUCAGGAUAAUAUAGGGGAUUCGCAAGGCCAGCCUCUGGGGCCUGUGCGGUUGGGUUGACUGCUGGAACAUAAGGUCCAGUUGUGGUCCGAUUGCCCGGGGCGGCGUAUCUCAGGUUCCUGGGAUCAGGGAGAGGUGCAGCCCCCUCGGGAUGAUUCCCAUGCCAAAAGGGAGGAGGGUUGUUGUAGCUCGGAUUGUUGUCAGGGGCGCGGUUGCUAGGCCCAGCUGUGGCCUGUUGAGGCCGUUGGCAUUUUCCAUGCCCCCGACCCUUCUUCUGAACUCCUCUCGAUCACCGGCUGACUUGACUUUACGUUCCUUCUUGGGACGAGGUUGCAGUCGACCUGUGGCCGUAGCACCAGCGCGCGGUCGAUCGGAGGGAUCAGCAGCCAUAAUAGGCUGAUAGUUGCCGCUAAAUGUCCUUACUGGCCUUGACGAAGAUGCAG